UUAAACAAAUUUACGUCAAUUAAGCAUUAAUUUUUUUUCGGGUAUAAAAGGUAGCUUUAGCUGUUCAUGCAAUCACAGUUCAAAGUAUCGAGCUUUUCCACCACAUCAAAUUCAAAUUUAAACACGCAAACGGAAUGAAGUCAUCAAUUGUAGCUUUGAUCGCAAUAAUCAGCACCUUAGCCUUCAUCUCAGCCCAGCCACCACCACCAAUUCCUCCACCAGUUUUAGAAAAAAUCAAUCACAUCUCAAACUUUAUCAAUAACUUUAGUGGAACUCGUGAGGAACUUGAAAAAGCUUUGAUUGCAAACAUGGACAAGGAACAUGGCAAGGAUAUGGCACCAAACUUUCCACCAGAAAAAAUUCAAAUGUUUAUCGACAUGGUUGCCAGUAAAAUAAAUAGCAAGGUCAUGAGUGGUGAUGAUUUUAAGGCAUUUACUAAUAAGCAGAUAUCAGGCAGGCAAGGAGCAUAAGUGAGGAGAUUUAUUAAGUUUUUUUUUGAUAAUGUAGCUAGAUUGUGACUAAGUUGAUUAAAUAAUAAAGUUAUAUAU